CUUCUACACCUUUCGGGCGCGUGAGUUUGGUUCGGAGUUUUGCGAACAGAACAGAAGCCACGACAAAAUGAAGGUAGCGCAGCCACCGUUCGACAUCGUGACGGAGCUACCGAGCCAGGAGCUGCUCGAGGUGUCCCGUCGGGAGCUCCGCGAAACGCCGCUGGUGCGCGAGGAAGCGAUCCGGCGGUUACGGGCGAUGCUCCAGGACACAACCGAUCUGCAUUACGCCGACGACGAUGAGUUUCUGCUGAUCUUCCUGCGGCCGUGCCAUUUCUAUCCGGAAAGUGCCCUCAAAAUGAUGCGACGGAUUGCCGAGUUCAAGAAGAGCUACUACCCGCUGAUGCACAACCUGUCGCCCGAAGACGAGAAGCUCUCCUUCAUCGAUCACCGGAUCGUGAAUGUGUUGACCAAUCGGGACCAGAAGGGGCGCCGGAUACUGAUCGUGAACUGUGGUGCCGUCUGGGACCCGAAGGCCGUGUCGACCGACAAGCUGUUCCGGAUGUUCUACCUGGUACACCUGGUGGCGCAGCUCGAGCCCGCCACCCAGAUCAACGGCGUGGUGAUCCUGAUGGACUUUGAAGGUCUGUCACUCAAGCAGGUCCGUGGGCUGUCACCGUCCUUCUCGAAGCUGCUGCUCACGUUUCUACAGGAGGCGGUCCCACUGCGCAUGAAGGAAUUCCACAUCCUGAAGCAACCGUACAUCUUCAACAUGGUUUGGACCCUGUUCAAACCCUUCAUCGGUGAUAAGCUCAAGAAGCGGCUGUACUUCCACGGGAACGAAAUGAAGAAACUCCACAAGCACAUUGACCCGGCCGAUCUGCCCAAGAACUAUGGUGGAACUCGGCCCGCACUGGACUACGGUUCGCGUGACUGGUAUCCCUGUAUCGAGAAGUACACCGAGCACGUGCACCACUGGAACAGCUACGGCUUUGCGGCCGGUCCAUGAGUGAUCCUGCACCUGCCCAACCGACUUUGCAGAGAAGAGAGGCCAACGACUACUUACGAGCGGCAAGCAACUAGAGUUAAGGAUGCACACGUCACCCACCGCACGCUCUACGGCGGGGGCGAAGUUCGAUUGCCGUCGUGUGGGCGUCCGGGUGAUUAGGAACCUCAUCGAUUCGAUGAGUGAUAAGCCAUUGCGCGACAAACCUGGUUCUGGUGGCUGGCGCAGAGGUUCAGUUCAGAUAAGCAGCCGCUGCGGUGCGACGCGUGCAAUCUUUGCACCCACCGGUUGAAGGACGAUCUUGGACAAGUUGAACAAAGAACAGGGAAACCAAAACGAAACUACGCCACCCGGAAACGGAAUAAUGCUGCCAACACGGGAAACCCGAUUAGUAAUUAGAGAGUGACGCAAGCGCAUGGGUCACUGCUUCGACGUAAUGGAUUUAGGGAUAAGAGCGCUCCAAUAAACAAGCAA